AUGAACUCAGGCAAGAACGAGGAGCCUAAGCCAGAAGACGACAUACGGCAAUCUUCAACGGUAGGGCGCGGGGCUCAUGCAGAACAGCCACCUUCGUCCCAAUCAUCCACCAAGACGGUCGCGACCCAUGAAAAAGCCGGAGACAGCAAGUUGCACACUCCCCCAAACAUAGACUACGGGUGGUUGUGGAAUAUACUUGGUCUCGCUCUGGCGCUUGCAAUCCUAAUAGCGAUCAUCGCCAUCCUGCGUGUGUAUGACGGCAAACCACAACCUACCUGGAAAUGGAUUUCGCUCAACACACUGCUCUCGUGGUUGAGUACGGUUGGAAAGGGCUGCAUCGCAUUCCCUCUCAGCGCUGGCCUGUCACAGCUCAAGUGGGUGUGGUUCGCGGAGCGAAAGCGCCCGUUGUCAGACCUAAGGGUUUUUGAUAGCGCUAGUAGAGGCCUCUAUGGGAGCGCAGAGCUCCUAUGGGCAUUGAGAAUGCGUCAUUUUGCAGUCUUGGGCGCCAUUGCGGUUCUGCUCACCGUUGGGUAUGAACCGUUCAUUCAGAAUCUGGUGCACUACGCCCCAGAUCAUAUCAUAGAUGCAUCGCAGAUCUCUCGCCUAGCAAACACCACAGAGUAUAGUAGCCUUGGACCGUCGCUGGCCUUUGGAAAUAACUUCUAUAUCGAGUCUACAUUCAAAGCGAACAUAUACAACUCCAUAUUGAGUACAGAUCCGAAGAGACCAUGGGCCAUCCCGCAGUAUCACUGCUCAACAGGCAACUGCACCUGGGACCCUGUUGCUUCUCUUGCAGUGCGCACCCUUUGCUCAAAUGUUACAUCAUCCAUCACGAAAACAUGCGAACAGCUUGUCGACAGCGGCAGCGGGGGUCCAUAUCAGAACUGCACGGUCUCGCUUCCUAACGGGACAUCAGCAUAUUACGCCAACGGCUAUAAAACGGAAGCAAUUUCCUUGCAAGUCCAAUCCUCGUCCCAGCCUAUAGUAUACACCAACGCCACCUUACCGGUCAUCCAGCGGAUCGAAGCAGUGGUCGCAAGCGCGGAACAAGGGGUGUACGUAGCUUCACAUGUUCGCGAUGAUCCUAGAUAUGCCGCAACGGAAUGUUCUCUGGAACCUAUAGUGCGCAGUGUCAAAGCCUCUGUUAAUAGCUCUGUCUACAAGGAAACCACACUCGAGGAGUGGACAGAAAUAAAGGAGUGGCAUAAGCCAGGGAGACCAUCCGGGUACUACCUACUCCCGAACUGGACUCAAAGCCUAGGCAUGCAUCCCGGCCAGAACUUUACUCUUUCCCCGGACAGCCACGCUACGAUAACGGCCUUCGUGGAGUCACUUUUUUCUGGCAAGGCCAAGACCAGCAUGCAUGGAUCACAAUUUGUUUCAACUGCAAAUGGAUUUGGAUCAUACGCGACAACUGAUGCCAUGCAGGCUUUUAUGUAUGGAAACAUCACGGGGUGUGCAGAUACUCAGCACGACCGGUUUGGCUGCGCGAUGAGGAACGUCGCUGAUGCUAUGUCUAAGUCAUUCCGCGACCAGGCGUAUAUCAAUAAUGAGGCUGAUAUGGCAGUGGGCCAUACACACGUAAAUGUCACGGUCAUUCAUGUCCACUGGCAGUGGUUGACCUUGCCGUUGCUUGUUUGGCUGCUUAGUGCUGCGACCUGGUUAGGGACGGAGUGGAAAACGCAGCGCGGGAAGUUACAUAAGUGGAGUGAUAAUCCGCUUCCAUUGCUGUUUCUGUAUCGAGGUGGGGAAGGUAGUCGAACUGACCAAGUUCAGGGAUUGUCUAGCGAGGCGUAUGAGCGGCGGGCGAAGAGCAUUCAUACGCAGCUGUAUAUAAAGGAGAACCAUGCAGCGUUGGAAGAGUAG